AACAUCUUUUUAGAAUCCUUGCUUUGGUCACUAUUAUUGAAAGCAACCCCAAUGCCAUUUCUUGCCUGUCUCUUUAUGCUAAUCGGCCUGGCCCACUCAGCUCCUCCCCCUUCCAGCCUCCCUUAAGAACUGUUCACUUUCAGCUGUCACGGAGGGUAACUUAAACCAGGCUUAGAAAUCACUUGAUUUAACUCAGCAGCACUUUUUUUUUUUUUCUUUGUGUAUGUAUGACUCUAGCAGACAUCUCUAAAUACUCAGGACAUUAGAUUUCAAGUCCGCAGAGAGAGUCGAAAAUUGCAAAACUGUAAUCUGUUAGGAAGAGUUACUUUGCAGGAUUUUAUAUUAUAAGGGGGCAUGUUUCAAUGUGCUUUUAAAUGGAAGAAGAAUUAAUUGUGCUUUUAUCCAAAUGAAUUGGCAUCUUUAUAUGCAGAAGAAGCUACAAGUUGGUAAACACAUAUUUUAAGAAUCAUGACUAGGAAACAUUUGAAAAUUCAUUAGAGAAGUAAAUAUUUUUCCAUGCAAGGACAGGAUCUGCCUAUACCUCUGUGGUUCUGGGUGUUGUGUGAAGACCACUGCAGGUGACUGGCCAAGGGAAGGAAAUACCCUAGUGAUACGGGAGCCACAGCCAUACUGCCAGCACCAUGUCUACCAUACAAAGCAAAGGCAGCAGCCACCUGUUCAACAGUUUGCACACCUGUAGAUGGAAACUUCCAGAGAACCAGCAACAUCAAGAAAAAUCUGUCAUUGCUCAACCAAUAUUUGUUUUUGAAAAGAGAGAACAAACUUUUAAGAGACCUGCAGAAGACACCCUGCAUGAAGCAGCAGAACGUGAGUGUAAUGAUUUUUCAAGAAAGCGUGUCCGGUCUUCAUCUUUUACUUUGCACGCUACAGAUUCUCAGUCCCAAGGAGUGAAGAAAAACAAUGUUUUUAUGAUACCAACUUUUGUGCAAAGAAAAAUUGAUACGAACAGUGCUGAACAAGGUCCUGUGAAAAAUUCUGAACAUGUUCUGAGACCUGCUAUUUUACAGCCACCUCAAGCUCAAAGAUGUGUAAGAUUUGGACACAAUGUGUUGGAGUCCUGCAAGACUACAGAAAAAAAUAAAAAUAGGAUUUCUGAGGGUAACUCAUAUUUGCUAAGUGAAAAUGUACCAAGUGCCAGAAUUUCAGUCCAGCAGGCUACUAACCAGAAUGUUUUAGGUGCUACAUCAGUAGGAUGUCAACCAAAUGAAGAUAAGCAUUCUUUUAAAAGUUGCAGUUCUGAUUUCAUUUUUGGAGAAAACAUGUUAGAAAGAGUUUUGGGUAUUCAAAACCUCACCCAGUCUCAACUUGAAAAUGAUUCGUACAUCAAGGAAAAGCCAUUCAAAUUCACUCUAAAAUUUCCUAUCAACUCUCCAAACUCAAGAAUAGACUCUACUAAAGAUAUAUCCCUCCUUGAAUCAGCUGCUGCUUUCUCUUCUAAACCAUCACCAAAAUAUUUGCUGGAGAAAAUUGAUGUUAUAACAGGGGAGGAAGCAGAACACAAUGUGUUAAAGAUCAAUUGCAAGCUUUUUAUAUUCAACAAACCAGCACAGUCCUGGAUUGAAAGGGGAAGAGGAGCUUUGAGACUGAAUGACACAGCUGGCAGUGACUGUGCAACAUUCCAGUCAAGACUAAUUAUGAGAAAUCAAGGCAGCCUGAGGCUGAUUCUCAACAGCAAACUCUGGGCUCAAAUGGAGAUUCAAAGAGCAAGCCACAAAAAUUUACGAAUAACAGCUACUGAUUUAGAAGACUAUCAUAUCAAAGUGUUUUUAAUUCAGGCCAGUGCCAAAGAUACAGGACGCUUGCACACAGCCAUACAUCAUCGUCUUGUUGCACUUCGAAGCUUUGAAGAGCAGAAAGAUGCAAAUCAAGCUGAAAGCCAGUCAGAAACAGUCCUCCAACAGUUAAACUCUGAUAGCUGUGAUGAGGAUGAGGAUGAUUUCAGCCAAGUCACUAAAACCAGAUCAGACUCUUCUAGGUGGACCCACAGACAGUCAGUUGUCUGUCCAUGAGUGCUACCUACUGUAAACAAGACAACAUCUACAAAAAGAUCACCUUCCCGAAAAAAACUAAACCAUCCUAAGUAAAUGAGAAGAUCUAUUCAUUCCUUGAACAGCUGUUAUAGAAAGCUCAAAAAAAUAUAAUUUGUUGCAAUUAAAAUCUUUCUCUUAUGUAGUCUAAUAAUUCUGAGGUUUUAUAUUUUGAUCCUUGAGAAGAAAAAUGACAGAAUUUAAGAAAUACACAGCCUUUGGACCUUCCAAAUUUAUCACUUUUAAAGCAGUUAAGGGAGUUCCCAUCGUGGCGCAGUGGUUAACGAAUCCGACUAGGAA